CCACGAGCUUUGUUCGCGUUGUAAAGGUUUCGGGGAUACGACUAAUGCAUGCGAGCACCGUCGGCGGAACCCCAAACCGCCCUCUCGAUCUAUCCGUAAGGACAAAUCACUCUCGUGACCGUCACAGUUACGGACUCCGGACCUCCAGACUUUAGAGACCGAGCUUUUCUUUACCUUACAAUUACUGUAUACUCGGCGCCUCACUUAUAUGUGUUGUUUUUUUCACAUACAUUGUUCUCGUGGUUUACGGAAAAGUAGGCCUAAAAUGUUAUAGUGUCUAAAAACAAUAUUCAGUUAAUGGAAUUACACUUUUUUCCAUUACUGCUUGCUUGAUAUUGCCCUAACAACUUUUUCAUGAAUCAAUUUUGAGCAUUAUGUUUACAACGUAGUUAUUAUAGCACGAAUUAUGAGUCUAAAAUGCCAAAUACUUGCAACUAUUAUGUUAAUCACUGAAAUCUUAGUGUACUAAUUGCUCGCUAUAAGCUAGGUUAUUGCGCCCCUAAACCAACGUACUGACAACGCUACCUCCCCGGAACUCAAACUUUAACAAAUAAUGGCGUCGGGAGGAAGAGAGAAGAAGAACUCUGAUCAGAGCGGUAGCUCAUCCAUCUGGGGCAUCUUGGGAGGUCUGGCGGGUGGUCUAGCUUUAGGAGGGUUGGCAGUCUAUGGAGCAACCAAGCUGGUUGAAGUACUUGGUGCAGAUGAGGCAGCUGGUGGAAAAGAAGAGGGUGCAGCAUGUAAGACAAAACAGAUUGAUAGUGAUGAUGAAGAUGAUUCAAGAAGUCAGCAGAGGGAGUCUGCAUCUAGCUACAGUUACCAGGGGAACACAAACACAGCAAUAUACCAUGGUGAUGCCUCAUCUUUGGGAAUCGGAACAUACAGCCAGAAUCCAAAUAUUCGAUCUUGUACCAGUGCGUCCAAUGAUCAUUCCACUUCCACAGCGACGGAAGACAUCGACCGUUCAGCUGAGGCAGGUGAUCUAGUGAUGCCUGGCAAUCUUUCUGAUCAGUUGAAUGAUUAUUUAGAGAACUAUGUCAACAUCUCUCAAGAUGAGUUACAAAAUGCGUUGAGGCUUGUGGCCCUGAUAGAGGUGCAGCUGAGAGAUGCUCUUGCAACUACAAACCUCCCUCUAGAUCAGUUCAUUCAUACAGGGAGUGGUUAUGAAGGUGUACAGAUCAUACAGCCAGAUAACUUUGAUGUUCAUCUUCCCCUGAGGCUCAACCCUGCAUUGUGGGAGCUGGUCAACUGUGCAGAUUCUUCACUUCAUACGGCUGGAUACCACCUGGUUAAGCGCAUUGGUUGGGAUACCGGCCAAUUUGGGUCAUCACCGUGGGACAGAUAUUUGGAUGGAACGUAUUUAUCUCCGCAAAAACUAUGCAAGCAUCUCCAUGGAGUUCUUCAGUUUGGUUUAGACGGCAUUGAGAACAUCCAAGAUUGCAUCUUGAGCAAUAACAUUUUGAGCGUUUUUGUACAGUGUUCGGAGUUUUGGUCAAACGAGAUGAAAGUAAAUGUGAUCCCUUUGAUCAAAAUGGGGGAAACCUCUGUAUGUGCCCGUGCUCACCCACUGGUGAAGUCGCACAACAUGGAAGGGUUGAAAAAUCUCUGGCAGCACAAUUUUGGUAAUCAAGAAUCAGAUGUUAUGAAAUCUUUUGAUGAAGACGGUGGUUGCCAAAAAGAUUGCCUGAAAAUUCUAAGGGCCAUGUCCUUGCAUGAUGAGUCUUUCCUGCACCAGGUUGAUCCCUAUGUCCUGAAGACAGUUCUCUUCCACUUGAGUUGUCAGGAGGACUUCUGGGAGAGGGAGACACUGCCUGAGCGUGUCAUAGAUAUGUUCAUGACCCUGAGGGGUUUCCUUGAACAGGGCCGUCUGCCACACUAUUUCAAACCAAGCAUCGAUCUGUUUGAAGAUAAGACCGACACGUUCAAGGUGAAUCUUCUGGCGUAUGUCCAAGAGAUUUGUGCUCCGAAUAGGUUGUGCUCCCUCUUGGAGAAGUAAUUCCUCUUCUUAAACACUUUAGCUAAAGUGGCAUAUAUCGUAUUAGUCCGUCAGGGGUUCAUCCUCAUCCACAGGAGGUAUGUCUACACAUAUCUCAUCGCUAAAAUCAUACGUGGUAAAUGUAUGAUGUACAAAACAUGUAUAUAAAUGUUGCAGAUGGUUAUUUUGAGCUUGAUAUGAAUGUCCCUUCUAGUCAGUUGUGCGAUAUCUGUUGUCUUCUACCCCUUCUGUGAGUCUCCUUAUGCUUGAAAACUGGAUACAUUUUCUAGAUCUGAACAGUGUGGUGAUUCAACUUAAAAGACCCCAUUGCUGGCUGCUGAAAAUUGACAAUAGACUCACGUGAAUCCUUUGUCGGACAGCCUUUAGAGAGUUGAUAAGCACUUUCAACCCGCAAUUUCACCAGUCACAAAGGAUUCUUUUGAGUCUAUUACUGGCUAAGGGUAUGUGCUGUAUUGAUUUGAAUCGCUUCACUGAUAAAGGACACUUUGUUUUUUCUGAAAUAAUUUUUUUUUAUUUCCUGGUGCUAAACAACUUAUCAGUAGUGUAAAAAUAUGUAUGUCUGCUCGCCUUAAAUAUUUUGAAGAAUGUUCAACUGAUCCUGCUUUAACAUUAUGAAAUAGAUUGUCUUCUGUAAUGAUGCUUUAAUCACCUUGUAGCCAAGUACAUGUAUGGAAGCUGUGAAUGUAUUGCCUUUGAUUCUUUAAUUGUUUGAAGAGACAAUAAAUGCUUUUUGGCCGUUAUGAGAAAAUAA